GGGAUGGGAGCGGCAGGGAGGAGGUUAGCCUUGGAUCGGUGUAAUGUCUGGGAGUCAAAGACCCAGGUUAGGAGGAUAAAAGUAUAUUCUCUCUGUCACCCUGCGGCACGUUAGCAUUAUGUGGUGAGAUAAUCAGCAGCAGCAGUCAGUAAUAGUAGUUGUUUUGUUUUUUCGGCUGCAUCCAAACGCGCUAAAUCGGUUCAAAUGAGAGUCGCAUGGCUCAGGUCUCAUGACUGACCUUCCUCAGGAGGGUGUUUGCGGACGCACACAAAAAUGUGGGUCAAACACUUUUUCCAAGUGGUGAUGGAGCGACUAGUGAGCGAGCUGGGCUCUCUGUUGAAGAUGCUGGACCACGAGACGGUCAGUCCUGCCACUGCCGAAAAAAUGGCCUCCGUACGCAACAUCAUGGAAUCCAUGCCGCUACCAGUCAACGGAUCAGACGUCUACAUGAACAGCUGUCUCUAUGGCAACGGCACCAGCUUUGUGGAGUCUCUGUUUGAUGGUUUUGACUGUGAUUUGCACAUGCUCAGUGCCUCUCCAGUGGAGCAGAAAGAGCUGAAAGAGCAGAAAGAAGAAGAGGAGAAGCCUCUGAUAGACCCUGAUAAAUCUACACCGACUGACACGCCUCCUCCAGUGCCAAUCACACCCCUUCCUGAUGACUACUAUGAAGAGGCAGUCCCUCUAAAUCCUGGAACCACGCCUCAGUACAUUACCAACAGCGUCAACACCUCUAUACACUCUGUGGAGGAUGCCUACUAUGAAGAUGCAGACAAUAACUACCCCAUCACCAGGAUUAACGGACCGCCCAAAAACUCCUACAAUGACUCCGAUGCUCUGAGCAGCUCCUACGAGUCUUACGAAGAAGACGAAGACGAGGCCAAAGGGCGGGAACAAGCUCAGAGAUGGACGGCUGAGGAGAGCACAGAAGGACCCGUCAGAGACUGCCGCAUCUGUGCCUUCCUACUGCGGAAGAAACGCUUCGGCCAGUGGACCAAACAGCUGAUCGUUGUGCGAGACAAUAAACUGCAGUGUUUUAAGAGCAUCAAAGAGAGCACCCCCCACACAGAGCUCCCGCUGAAUCUGUGCAACGUCAUCUACGUCCCGAAGGAAGGCCGGAAGAAGAGACACGAGCUGCGCUUCUCGCUGCCCGGAGGCGAAGCUCUAGUUCUGGCUGUUCAGAGUAAAGAGCAGGCCCAGAGGUGGCUCAAGGUGGUGCAAGAUGUGGGGAGCCAAUGUAGCAACACUGAAGCACUGGAUGGAUCCACUUCUCCUAUUAUACAAAGGAAGUUGGAGAUCGACAAGGUGCUACAGUGUGAGCGGCAGGCGUCAGACUCAGACAGCGGGCCAAUAGCAGAACAGCAGCUCACUGCACAUGGAGCAGGGCGGGACAGCAUCGAUUCACUCAACAGGGGGAAGCGCGGUCCGUUCUCAGAGCUGACGGGGUCCAUGAGCCGGGCAGCAGGGAAGAAAAUCAAUCGGAUCAUCACUUUCUCCAAAAAGAAACCUCCUUUACCGGGAGAUCCACCGUCAUUUAUUGUUCACCAUGACAACCCACGCUCUGGCUUCCUCAGUGUGUGUCUGAGCGGCUCUUGGAAGGAGCUUUGGUGUGUUGUCCGAGGAGGGAACCUGUACCUGCAGAAAGACCCCGGGGACCAGCGGCCCGCGGUCAUCGUGGUGCCGCUCAAAGGUGCAGAGGUGCUGACAGGAAGCCUCGGCCCCAAACAUCCCUUCUCCUUCUGCAUCCUGCAAGCGGGCAUCGAACUAGCAUCCAUGGAGACCAGCUGCUCAGAGGACCUGGGCCGCUGGCUGGGUGUGUUGUUUGCAGAGACCGGCAGCACCACUCUCCCUGAGGAGCUGCACUAUGACUACAUCGACGUGGACACACUCACCGACAUCCGGCACGCGGCUAGAAACUCCUUCUUGUGGGCCACAGCUACUUCCUCCAGCAGUGCUUCCACGGACUCCAGAACAUAUGAUGAUGUCUAUGAAAGCGUUGCGCAGGAAGAUGUUGAUAGCAGGAUUGUAAACGUGAGACGCCAUGCCUCAUUCUCCAGCAGGGACUCUGAUAAAACUGAACAACAGGCCGCCGUAAAGAGGCACGCUUCCAAUGUAAACCACUAUGCGCGGUACGGGAAGACGCGUGCAGAGGAGGACGCCAGGCGCUACCUGACUCAGAAAGAAGAGCUGGAGAAGCAAAAGGAAGAGCUCAGAAAUGAGCUGGUGGCCCUCCGCAGGGAGAAGAAGGAGAUGAAGGAGGAGAUGAAGAGUGUUACAGGUCAAGCUGUGCGGUUAGCCAAGCUUGAGGCGCUGUGUAAACAGAGAGAGGAAGAGAGGGUGGAGCUGGAGCUCAAACUGACGGAGGUGAAAGAAAACCUGAAGAAGUCUCUGGCCAGAGGAUCGAUGAGUCCGCCCACGACCCCCAAGAUGACCCCAAAGGCCCAGGGCAAUAGGGUUGAAAAGGUUUACAAUGAGAGCGUGCCGAUCAACGCAGCAACUGAGCUUCGUAAACGUCCUGCGACUGUUUACGCCUCGUCCAGGGGGAACGUCAUGCAGAAAGCAAAGGAGUGGGAGUCAAAGAAGGGGACCUAGACUCAUCAUACAUUAAUCGACAGAUGGAUUAAUGGAGAGAAAAACCGAGUUGUGACAGGAGGAUGUGUAAGAGAAGAAACGGAUGAAGAUAAAUGGCACGGAGAAGAAGAAGAAAGAGGGGAGAGGACAGACUCUGACACAAUCUUCCCUUCUCUCUUUCAAGAAAAAGAGGAAUAUUUGUAGUACUGGCAGCUGUCUCAACCACUGUAAAUAGGACUUUACUCAUACCAGUACAGUGUUAAUGUGGACCCCUAUGAACAUGAUACAUGUUUGUGUGAGUUUGCAUGUGUGUUUACAUUUGCACAGGGCUGCAGAAAGAGAAAAUGUGAUUAUUUCAUAGAAACACAUCACAAAGGGAGAGUGUAGUUCAUCGACACUGAGUUCAGUUACAGGCAAAACUUCCACUGAUGUUAUUCCUGUUUUGUAAGAUACUUGUAAAUGUAAAGUGAAACAAAACAAACCUAAAGAAAUUAUUAUAAUUAUUACUUUAAGUUAUCUUUAUUAGUAAGAGAACAGUUUUAUUUAAACCAUUAGGAAAGCAUAUUGAGUAUGACACUGUUCCUGAAACAAAUGACUAAAUGUUUAUUACUGCAAUGUGAAACUAUUGGUUUUUAACCAUUGUAUGUGUAUUUUUCAUAUUUGCCUUUAGCACUUUAUCAUGUGGUUGUGAUAUCACAAAUGUUUUGUAAAUUAGAAUUAGCCCCCAACUUCAGAAUAGUAAGGACAAAUGCCUGUGUCUGAUUUCAUCACAGCAAUAUGAACAAACACACAUGUUGGAGUAAAUGAUCACUUUAUCAAGAAA